AACAGUACAUUGCGCAUGUUGGCAGCUUUAUCCUCUGCAGUCUAUAAUUUGCUUUAAAGAAGCAAUGAAGGACAUACUUAUUCUGCUGGUUCUGCUGAAUGCGCACACUAUCAAGGUAUGGUCUGUGCCCUAUCAAGUAGACUCAGAUGAAAACUGCCGUAGCGAAGAAGUCUACAAAGUCGCCAAGCACGGCCUGUGCUGCAAGAAGUGCCCCCCUGGACAGCGACUGAAAAAUGAGUGCAACGGAACUACUGACACUGAGUGUGAACCAUGUCCAUCGGGCCAGUACAGUGAGGGCUGGAACUAUAGUCCAAAAUGCUUCAGAUGUACCCAAUGCAAAUCAAUCAAAGGUCUGCAGUAUGCCAAUAACUGCUCCUUAACCAGAAACUCUCGCUGUAUAUGCAAGACUGGGAGGUAUUGCUUAAUGGGAUAUGAAGACCCAUUCUGCACCGACUGUGUGAAGUACACAGAAUGUAAAGCUGGUUUUGGAGUCUCCACGCCAGGGACACCGUCUUCAAAUGUGAGGUGUACACAGUGCACUGAUGGGACGUUCUCAGAUACAAUAUCCUACAUGGACAGCUGUCGGCCUCAUACAAACUGUAAUGGAGUGGCUGUUGUUCGAAACGGCGACAGUUUUUCAGACACAGUCUGCAAAUCUAUGAAUCUGCACACAACUGCAAGUCCAGCAACGAGCACGAUAGUCUCAACAACCUCAAACUCCACACCUUCCCAUGGAUGGACAGACUCUGCAUUUAUCAUGUCCUCUACUUUAGAGGCAAUAUUGACCUAUCCAACAACAAGCCCGCCCCCAAGCAGAGAAACUGACAAUAAACUGGUUCCAGUCAUCGUCAGUGUCAGUGGACUAUUUUUGAUUUUGAUUUUCAUCAUUAUCCUGGUGACCCUUCGUAAACUAACCCGGAGGAAAGACACUGCAAGACUUCAUCCUAAAGUAGAUGCAAAUGGAAACUGUGAAAGUGGUGAUGGAAUCAAUCAUCUUUAUGCUGGAAAAACUCAGAUGACUUCAUUCACAAUUACCUCACCAGAACAACAGUGUCUGCUGGAGAAAGGGGAAGUCAGCAAUGACCACAGUCAGUGUAGCAGUAAUACUGAAACUUUAACCAGAACAGAUGGCUACAGCAGCCAUGAGUCCAUCAGCCCUUUGCAAUCCACCCUAGCCCUUCACAAUCCUCACUCUGCUCUGUCAGAGCCCAUGACCUUACUGUCCAACAUAGAGCCCAUAACACCCCAGCCCAGCAUAUCCACACAGUCCUCCUCUCAGCCUACAAGCCCACAGAUCAUUAGCCCAGUAACCCCCAAUCCCCAGGUCAGCGUCAACAUCACUUUCCACAUAGGAAAUGGGACUUGCGGGACACCGUCUGUAAUUCAAACAGACCCUAUACUCCCAUUUGGAGAGGAAGAAGAGUUGUAUAGCAUCCCACAGCAAGAAGCCGGGAAGCAAUCACUGAUGUCAACUCAGGAGAGUGCCAGUUACAGUAUGUGAGGAGUCACCUGCAUAAACACCUUCUCUCUGUAAUGAUGCAACAUUUAAAAUAAUGUUUCUGACUGCAAAAAGGACAUGUAGGUAUGCUUCAUGACAACAAGAAAGCCACAUCUUUUAUUCUGUUUCUAGACAUACUGCCACUGUUUCUGUUUAUAUUUAUAAAUAGUCUGCUGUAAAUAAAUGUAAAUAUUGUAUUUCCUUCACUGGUAUUGUGUUGUUACAGAUUGAAAAGGGUCUGUGUUCUGCG